UGGGUCGCCCAUGGAGGCCUCAAGGUCAGUCUCGGCUCAGUGGAGCGCGGAGCCGCUAUUCCUGGCGCCAGGGGGUGUUUUGAAGCUGUGGCUUUGUGAGCUCUGUCUAUUACUGCUGGGUUCUGGUUUGAAUGCCCGAUUUUUGCCACGCGAAGAGGAUGUAGAGUUUAUUAAUGAGUACGUGAACCUCCACAACGAGCUCCGGGGCAACGUCGUCCCUCGAGGGUCUAAUUUGCGUUUCAUGACUUGGGAUGUAGCUCUGUCACGGACUGCUAGAGCAUGGGGGAAGAAAUGUGUGUAUUCACCUAAUAUUUAUUUGGAAGAUAUACAAAUGUCCCAUCCUAAAUUUCAUGGUAUUGGUGAAAAUAUGUGGGUCGGCCCUGAAAAUGAAUUUACUGCAAGUAUUGCUAUCAGAAGUUGGUAUGCAGAGAGGCAGUUCUAUAGUUAUGAGAAUGACACUUGCUCUGGAGACUGUUCUCAUUAUAUUCAGAUUGUUUGGAACACCUCUUACAAAAUUGGUUGUGCAGUUACUCCAUGUGCAAGAAUUGGAUAUAUUAGAAAUGCAGCAAUUUUCAUAUGUAACUAUGCACCAGGACGGACUCUGACGCGAAGGCCUUAUAAACCAGGAAUAUAUUGUACUGAAUGCGGCAAAGAUGACACUUGCACAGAUUUUCUAUGCAGUAAUACAAAUCGUGAGGAAGCCAUAUAUUACCCAUUUUGGUACCCAAGGUGGGAAGUGCCCCGGCCAGUUGUGUGUGAUCCAUUGUGCAUAUUUACUUUACUACUGAGAGUACUUUGUUUUAUACUGUGUACCAUAUGUGUUCUGAUAAUACAGCACCGGUUUCCAGAUAUCUUAUGGGAACAAAUGAUGAUAUUUACCCCAGAGGAAUCUGAAACAGAAGAAGAAAAGGAAGAAAUAAAAAGGAAGGAAGGGGUGGAAAAGAGAAAAGAGGGGAAGGCGGUGGUAAUGGGGAAGGAAGAGGAAAAAGAAAAGGAGGCAGAAGAGGAAGAGACGGAUGACGAAGAGAAGGGAUAAGAUUUACUACCAACAAAAGCUGACAGUAUAAUACAAAUAAAGCCCCCAAAAAUAAUGAAAAUAAAAUACUGAGGUUUAACAUGAAAGAAAAUAUACAAGCAACUAUUGCAAUGCCUUUUAUUCUCUUCUCUUUACCAUAAAUAUUCAACAAAUUAAGUUUUAAAAACAAACAAAAGCCAUAUAUUGUACAGUAAAUAUUAUAAGACAAGCUCUUGGACACUUAGAAUAGAAAAAGAUGUGAUGAUAGAAACACUAAAAAAGAUUUGACCAGUCUAAUGAAUCUUAACAUUUCACAAUGGUAUCCUGUUAAAAAAGGGAAUUUCCAUUUUCAAAUAUGUUUGUAUCUAUGUGUUUUAAAUAUUUUUAAAUGAGUUCAUAAGUUUCUCUGGUAUUAAAUGUGAGGGACUUAGGAGAGUUCUUGGGUUCAGAAUAACCAUUUAAUAGAUAUUAGUUUGGCUGUUUUGUUAUUAUUAUUGUAGCUGUUAUUAGUGGUGGUGAUGGCAUUUUUCAUGUGAUAUUAAGGCAUCUAAUAUCAUUUACAUUUUUGGUAUAUGUGGUGGAAGGAUUUAAGUGGUACCUGCAUAUCCUCUUAAGAGAACAUGUGUCAUUUCUACUUCAUGUUCACUAUUUCAUUAAAGCUUUGCUGUAAUUCUUAACUAUGCUAUAUGAUUUGUUGCCACCAAGGGAUAAUAAGUGCCAAAAAUUUAAUUAGUUGUGAUUGUGCAAUCUGGCUGCUUCUGAAUUUAUGUGAUGAAAUAAAAUAAAUUCUAAAAAUAGU